GUGAGCAUGGUGUGGUGGACGAGUUCCAAGCGGAGAAGGGAAGAUACGUCGUAGAGUUUGCAAACGGAAGCCGUAAGCUCAUCCACGGGAAGAACUUGAAGCCCAGCCAGGAGCUCGACUCCCAGAAGCUGGAUCCUCUGAAGAUAGGGGACCUGGCCAAAAUCACUGGCUUCACCAAUGCCACAGACCUGAACGGCCGAGUCUGCAGAGUGCAGGCACCAAAGGGUGCCGAUCGGUACGACGUGGAGCUUCCGGACGGAACAGUGAAAGCCGUCAAGGGCUCCAGCUUGAUUGUGCUCCCAUCUCCUGGAACAGCCGUGACCUCCUCUAACCUCGUCGAGGAAGCGAUGGUGCAGCGCGGCCCAAGCUGGAUCUGGGAGGAUCAGGAUGGUGGCAAAAAUUGCUCGGGACGUGUCCUGCAAUUCAACACCGAGACAGGCUGGGCCACAGUACAGUGGAACAAUGGGAUGAGAAACUGUUACAGGAUCGGCGUGAACAGCAAGAACGACCUGGAGCAUGCUAGCUCAUUCAAGCAUGAGGCUUCUUAUCUGAAAGCUCUGAAGAAAGGCAAGGAGGCCAUCAAGAAGCGCCACCUCCAACGUACUUUCGCCUAUCCUCGCGGCGUGAAGCACUCGCAUGUUGCGUUCUUCGAUAUCAGAGACGAGGUUUGCGAGGUCCUUAGUGGCCACAAGCACGGCCAACGAGUUCAAGUGGAAGAGGUGCAGGCGGUGAUGAUCGGUGUUGCUCCAUGGGACGAUGAUUCGGAUCUCCUCUGGCCCUUCUAUCAUGUGGAUGGCGCGGAUGGUGCAGACACCUUUGACGACCAGGAGCUUUUCAGGAAAGUAAAGGUCAUCGGACGACAGAAGGUCAGGGAGGCCCAACCUCGACAUGUCCUUGUUCACAACCGAGAGCUGCUUGAGAUUGCAAAGGAGGUCACGCCCACUUUCCAGUAUGUCACGGGGCCGAACUCACUUGAGCAUGGACGGCUAAAGCGGUAUGACAUCCGGGACGAGAUUUGUCAGAGGGUUGGGGGCUUCAAGCAUGGCCAGGUUGUGAAGGAAGGGAGCAUCACAUCCGUCGUCAUCGGCGUGCGGCUCGUGAAUGGUGUUCCGACUCUGUUCUUUCAUGUGGAUGGACAGCCUGGCGCAGGGAAAUACGAUGAUAUCCAGAAGAAGAACUUCGUCGUAGUUGGGUCCCGCACUGUAGAGGAGGCACCCGACGACUUCUGUCAAACUCCGGCUCAGUCUGCAGAGAUUCGGGAGCUGGCCAACUCAUUGCAGUGUACCUUCGGCUAUCCGUGCGGGCCGAGGUUCCCGCAUUUUGCAAAAUUUGACAUCCGGGAUCACGUCUGCGAAGCUGUCGGCGGGUUCAGGCAUGGUCAAAAGGUGCUUGACCAUGACGGCGACAGCGCUGUGGUAGUAGGGGUCCGGCUGGUUGCUGAACCCACCCUGUUCUUCCACUUGGAUGGGUCGCCGGGAGCUGGCCAAUACAAGAGGUAUCACCUGGUUCGGCAAAGGUUCAAAGUGAUCGGUUCAGUAAUGUUGCAGCAGGUACCCCCUUCCGAUCCCGUGUUCCAGCUUGCCGGUAAAUCCACACUCAGUGCCAUGAAAAAGAUGGUGCACGAGGUCCUCUCGGCCCUUACAAGUCGCUCUCGUGAGCUCCACCCUGAAUUCGAGUAUGACUACACCUUCCGCUACCUGCAGGAAUGCUUGGAGCCGGCGUAUUUCGACAUCAGGGACGAGGUGUGUGAGGGGGUGGGUGGCUUCAAGCACGGUGACAUCGUCAACCUCCUUGGUACGGACCGGCAAGCCGUGGUCAUCGGAGUACGCCAGGACCACCGUGGUACGCCUCAUCUCUGGAUGCACGUGGAGGGAGCGCCGGGCGCCAGCAUGUUCAAGGAACAGCAUUUCAUUCGCAUGGCUUUUUCCGUCGUAGGCAGGCAAGAGGUCAAAGAGUUCGAGGAUCCCGAACCGCGAGCCUUCAGUUCCGAGUUCGUGCAGGGCAUCCAGCCGACGUUUCGCUACCCGCAAGGUACCAAAGGGCGUGCAAAGCUUGCUCUCUUCGACGUGCGCGACGAGGUUUGUUUGCAUGUGAGUGGUUGUCGGCACGGAGAGAGGGUGAAACUCGGAAGAGUGGAGGCCAUUGCGAUUGGAGUCAACAUGGAGGGCAUGGUUCCGACGAUGUUCUUCCAUGUGCUGAAGCCCGUCACUGCGCGUGGUGCAGGGCUCUUUAAAAACUUCGAUCUCAAGAGGCCACACAUGAAGAGCCUUGGGAUCGAUUUUGUGGAGGAGGUGACAGAGGAGAGGUUCCGGCGCGAGGCAUCCUCUUCAACCUCUUCAAGCGGCUCAGAUUCUGAGUCCGACGCCGCCUUGGAUGUGUUUGGGCGCGAGGUGGCCAAAAGUUGCGACGAAGGCAACGGCCCAGGAAGUUCAUCAACUGCUCCUGCCCCAGAAACACCGCCCUACGAGAGCGACAUGCCCGAGCAUGUAGUUCUGCUACAGCUGUCACGAUGCGGCACCAAAGUCAAGGAGGCCCUCCUGAGUUCCCCGGGAUUGGCCGAGCGUCUCCAGUAUGUCGUGGAUGCCGGCUGUGAGGUCACUCCCGCGUGGGCGAGCGGCGCCGUGCUCCUUGCUCCCUUAACCGAGGAAAAAGUCAUCGAAGCCGAUCUCAAACUCCGUGCACACCAUGUCGUGGCCUUCGAGAGCGACACAGACCGUGUGCGAGCAGCUCUGCGAGGCAUGCCAUGCAAGUCGCGCCAUAAAAUUACUGGAUGCAGCAAGCUGGAGUUGCUCGUCUUCUCAUGGCCUCCGGACUGUUUGUUCUUCAGUGACACCUCACAUCUCCCAAGCCUUGGCCCUUAA